GUCACGCCAUGAGCUUCUGGGAGCUUGUGGACAAGCCGACCGUGCAUGAAAUGGCUAAAACCCAAGAGAAAGGAGUUGGUGGAGGGACUAACAAUGCUUCUACAAUGUACUUUGUUGUGGAAGGGGGUCUGAAUUCACUGAGCACAUCAAAAGAUGGAUCACAAGUAGUUGUGGCUGGUCGAAAUGUUUUUAAGGUCAUCAGCAUUGGAGAGACUGGAUUUGUUGAAAAAACUAAUUUACGUGUUGGAAGGAUUAACUUGAACUUCAGCAUAACAGAUGUUCAGUGGCAUCCAGUUGAUGAUUACAUUCUGGCAACUGCAGCUGGUAAUGGUGCUGUUGUGCUUUGGAAUUUGAACAAAAUCACAAGACAGAAACAGGAGUUGGUAUUCACGGAACAUAAGAGGACUGUCAAUAAAAUUCAGUUCCAUCCUUUUGAAAACCACAUUUUGUUGAGUGGAUCACAAGAUGGAACAAUGAGAUAUUUUGAUUUAAGAAAACAAAGUGUUGCAUUAACAUUCCUUGGAAAAGCAGAAAGUAUACGAGAUGUUCAGUUCAGCCCAUUUCAAGGUGAUAGUCAAAAAUUUGCUGCUGCAUGUGAGAAUGGUAAUGUUCAGUUGUGGGAUAGCCGGGUGCCAAACUGUCCUUUCAAUCAAUACAUGGGACAUAAUGGACCAACAUUUGCUAUCGACUGGCAUCCUGAAGAGAGGAACUGGGUGGCCUCUGCUGGCAGAGACAAAAUGGUUAAGGUAUGGGAUGUCUCUGGUAAGACGCCCCUGAUGAACACCAUUCAAACAAUAGCUUCUGUGGCACGCAUCAAGUGGAGACCACAGAGAAAAUAUCAGAUUGCAAGCUGCUCUCUGCUUGUGGAUUUUGAUAUUCAUGUUUGGGACAUCAGACGACCUUACAUACCACAUGCAUCUUUUGGUGAACACAAGGAUGUUGUAACAGGUAUACUGUGGCGGCAGACACUGCACAACAAAGACCCGUUUGUAUUCCUGUCAUGCGCGAAAGACUCCAUGUUGUAUCAACACGCGUUCAGUGACGCUCAACACCCAGCUGAACAUGCCCCCCGGGUUGGACUGUCAAUCAAUGUCAAUGGCGACAUAAGUGUAGCAUCAAGUGAUCAGUCAUUAAAGAGAAUUCCUACACAGAGUAUGAUACAGACCAGACCGCGCGUGGUUAAUAACACCGCAUACAACAUUAUUGCGUCUCAUCGAAAGUUUCAAGACAUGGCUGACAAUGUUACCGAAGUCAGGAGCACACUUUUGGUUCAUCAGAAUAGCAAAUCCACGAAAGAGGACUGGUUUCGCAUUCUGGCUCAAAGCUAUCAGCUGAGCGGAUGGAGUUAUUCAGAGCUCUGUGAACACAACUACACUGUUGCAAGUAAACUUAUGAUCCAUGAACAUGCGCAGACAUGGUCUGUUCUUAAAACUCUGUAUGGCAUGACCGGGGGAUCUGGAACUACACCUGCAGCACUAGCACCCACCCCCAAGAAUCCUCUUGCAGCCGGAAGUCAUGGCAGCACCACUGGAAAUGCUGAACCUGUUGAAGUCAGUACACAAAGUAAUACUCAGACUUCCUCAGCCAAUCAAAAAUCGUCAACUGAGCCAGCAGUGACACAAAACACUCAACCGGCAUCUGAAACACAAGACGAUAAUAAUGACGCAUCGUCUACGAGCGGCGAAAAUGAAAAUGCGAAGUUGAUGAAUUUAGAAGGACAAGAAUUUACAUUCAACGAUCUUGAUCAAGAUGAAUUUCAGUUCCCCUAUGAUGGCCUUCUCGGCCUCGGAGAUGCGCCUCAGGACUGGAAACUACCCAGCGAAGCUUUCGAACCUAGAGCAGCGUUGGAUGACAGACCCACUUUUCCAACCUUGGAUCAGGAAAUAGAUAGACCCGACUCGCCUACCAGCAAUAUAGAGUCUGAAGCAACCUCGGCAACGAAUCCAAAGUCCUUUAUUGAUUCAAAUCUUGAAAAUCAAGGAUCUGUUUCCCCCUCAAACGAAACGUUGUCUCUUCCCGAGUGGGAUUUUACACCACUGGUUGUGGAAAUGCUUCAUCACUUUGCGGACGAGGGAGACGUACAAAUGUGUGUAUCUGCAUUGAUUGUCCUCGGGGAGAAAAUUCGCAGCAAGAUUGAUGAACAAACUCAAGAACAGUGGCUCAUGGCCUAUAUCGAUUUACUUGGUCGUCUGCAGCUGUGGACGGUGGCAAAUCAGAUUAUUAAGCUGUCCAGUCUCCACGCAGUCAGCUCCUUAAACCAGGCAUCAACAACAGUGCAUACAUCUUGUGGGCGUUGUUCCAAACCGUUGACUAAGUCAGGCUGGUAUUGUGAAAGAUGUCGGGGUCUUGUGUUUCCAUGCUCAGUGUGUCAUCUGAUGGUGAAAGGUUUAAACGUGUGGUGUCAAGGGUGCGGUCAUGGCGGCCAUCUUACUCACAUGCAGGAGUGGUUUGAAAAAUACAUAUGGUGUCCUGCGGGCUGUGGGCACAUGUGCGAGUACACGUGACUAAAACAGAGAGGAAACGUUACAAGACUGGAAGAGAAACGUCACAGGGGAGGUGAAACAUGUGACGGUUUUUUAGAGACACGUGAUUGGAACUGACAUGAAAUGUACUUAAAUACGGUAACGAAGAACAAUUUGGGACCCUUAAUGUGUUAAGAGAUUAGAGGGAUCGCGUCAAAUGAUCAGCUUUGAUUUGUGAUACUUCCCGCAGAAGACUUCGCUCGAGUUGCGAGCGUUCCGUGGUAGUUUUGGCAUGCGCGACACCAUUACAAAAUGACGACCAAUCAGAAACGCAGAUACAAAGUCAUUCUUCAGUAAUGAGUGACUCGAGAUGGUGCCCAGCACUGGAUGGAGGUGAUACGAAAACUCAUCCACCCGUUUUGUGUGGGAAAACCUUUGGAGAUUACGUUCAGUUGUUAACAUUGGCUUGUAACCAUGUUGUAGUUCAAUUUUAUCCUUGGUUCAAAUUUAAUUUUCCUUUGUUUCAAACUUAUUAUCAUACAUUAACAUGACCGAGAACAACGGAAAAUAAAUUUGAACUACAACAUCUACAUUGAACAGGGAAUGGGUCACAUUUAUGAACUGAUACGUUAAAGAAAUUAUCAAAAUAAACAGUUACAACACCA